GUGAGGUCAUUCAAAAAAUUGGGAGCACACAUUAAAACCAAAAUUUCAUCGAAGAAGUAAAGCUUAAGCAAAGCACAACAAUGGCGACCACAACGCGGCAUCGGCAUUCUCAGCCCUCCGAUCGACCAUCAUCAUCAUCUUCAUACUCUAAGCUCGACAAAUCAUCCACCACCUCCGGCGCCGGCACAGGCGUAGAUGGUGGAUUAGGGUGGGGACUGCCGUUAUUUGCCCUAGGUAUGCUGCGAUACAUGAGCACUACUUCUAACAUUAUUCAUGAUUGUGAUGAAGUCUUCAAUUACUGGGAACCUUUGCACUUUCUCCUCUACAAAUCUGGUUUCCAGACUUGGGAGUACAGUGGCCAAUACGCUCUGAGAUCAUAUUUGUACAUCAUCUUCCAUGCUAUUGUGGGUGGUCCAGCUUCCUUUUUGUUUGAAGACAAGGUCAAAGUAUUCUAUGCCAUAAGGCUUUUUCUAGGGCUUAUCUCUGUGGUGACAGAUGCAUUUCUUGUGGUAGCACUUUCUAGGAAGUACGGAAAACGUCUUGCCUGUUACACCCUUGCAAUGUUAUGCUUAACAAGUGGAUGCUUCUUUGCUAGUACAAGUUUUCUGCCAAGUUCGUUCUCUAUGUAUGCUAUCUCCCUUGCAUCUGCAUUGGCUCUUUUAGAUAAGCCUGCUAUGGCAGUUGCUGUUGCAGCUAGUGGGGUUAUUAUCGGGUGGCCCUUCUCAGUUUUAGCUUUUCUGCCUGUGACAUUCUUCUCUUUGCGUAAGAGCUUGAAACAAGCAUUUGUCUCAGGAACAAUCAUUUCUGUUGCUCUUCUGGCUCUCUCAGUUCUUGUUGAUUACCUCUACUACAAAAGAUGGACAUCAUCUGUGCUGAAUUUGCUGUUGUAUAAUGUUUUAGGAGGCGGUGAAAGCCACUUAUAUGGGGUUGAAGGACCACUGUUUUAUCUGCGGAAUGGAUUCAAUAAUUUCAAUUUAUGCUUUGUCCUUGCUUUGCUGUUUCCAAUGACGCUGCUUGCACAUAUUGUGCGGAGGAAGUAUGUCCCAGAGUUGUUGGUGAUCAUUUCACCUGUGUACAUUUGGCUUGGAUUUAUGUCCAUGCAGCCACACAAGGAGGAAAGGUUUCUUUAUCCUAUCUAUCCACUAAUUUGCGUGGCUGCAUCUGCGUUUAUUGAAAGUGUGCCUGAUUUUUUCCGUGAUAGGUUCGAUCCUAAUGAUAAGUCUCUGCUUGUUUUGAUAGCGAAAUUUCUCAGGCCAGCGAUCCUUGGUUUUAUAUUAUGUGUGUCCCAUUCACGUACUUUCUCUGUGAUCCAUGGAUACUCAGCUCCUCUCGAGAUCUAUAAACAUUUGCAGUACCAUGAAGAUGCUGGCCAUGGCUCUACACUAUGUGUUGGAAGUGAAUGGCACAGAUUUCCUUCGUCAUUCUUUAUCCCUGAUUAUGUGGCUCAAGUGCAUUGGAUUGAUGACGGAUUCCGGGGUCUUCUUCCUUUUCCAUUUAAUGCAACACUUGGUGGAACUUCAGCAGCACCUUCAUAUUUUAAUAACAAGAACAAAGCAUCAGACAAACAAUAUCUUCAAGAUCUCGAAACCUGUACCUUGCUUGUUGAACUGCAUCUGAAUCGUCCUUUUGCUUACCGUGGUAGUGACUUGUCAACAUGGGAGGUUGUUGCGGCAUGGCCUUUCUUGGAUAGAGAAUUCUCGCCACCCUUGCAUCGGUCAUUCUUUAUUCCAUACCUUUGGCAGGACAACAAUGUAUUCGGACUGUAUAAACUCCUGAGAAGAUUAGCAAGAUGAGUUAUACCGCAGGAAGUGUCUGAUGUGUUCUAUUCCAAAACAUAGUUCAAAUUAGGUACUUACAUGUUAUGGAAGAUGAAGAGCCAUGCUUGUAACUCUGGAGCAGAGAAGUCUUUUUGGGAGCAGUAAAGAGCUUGGAUUUUGUCAAUGGAAUAAGUUCGGUAGUCUUGGUGAAGAUGUUUGAGCCCAGAAAACAAGCUUCCAUCUCUUUCUCUCUCUUCAAAUGGAUACUUUUGCUUUGCUUUGAUGUUAAUUGUGAUCUUAAGAUGGAGGAAUAUGAAGUAGUUCUGGUUGCAGAAACUAGCAAGUUUUUUUGGAAGACAAGGCAAUGUCAGCCACUGAAAUACUGAAUGCGAUCAGUCAGAAUUUAAGUUGGAUAGGGUGGCUUUUUUGCACUUUUUUGUUACUCUGAUGGGCCAUUGGAUAUGGCUUGACGUGGCGUCGAACUACAGGCUAGAAUUAUUCAUAUGUAUCGUAAUAACUCAUCAUUGUAUUUUUAUAUUGCAAAUGAUAUUCAUAUUUAUCCGACAGAUUUAUAUUGUACUA